AUGGUACGACGGCGCCUGAAACGUGAACCUCCCAUUAUGAGCUGGCGGCACACUGACGAGAGAUGCAUCCAGGACCCCAACCGAGGAAACCCAGCACCCAAAGGCGGGCCGCGGGUUCGGACAUCCCAAUCUCCUCCGGAGGCUGAAGGCCGCAUGGAGGCGGCAGAGCUGCGGUCAGAGGGCCAACCGUUCCUUCUCUCCGGCCGUGGGAGCCCCAAGAUGGACUGCAUCAUCUGCUACUGCUCCUACGACCUGUCGGGCCGGCUUCCGCGGCGACUCUACUGCGGCCACACCUUUUGCCAGGCCUGCAUCCGACGGCUCCACGUCGUGGCCAACGAGCAGCGCUGGAUCCCAUGCCCGCAGUGCCGCCAGAGCACGCCAGCUCCCCGCGGAGGGGUCACCAUGCUUGACCUCGACCUCGCCGCCUUCCUGGCGGUCAAGUCGGAGAAGGAGCACCCUCGGGCCAGGCCGGAGACAGAGGCGGCCUCCAAAUCGCCCGCCAAGGAGGAGCCAGUCACCCGGCAACCCGAAGGCCUGUGCCACGAGGCAGUGCCACGGCCGUACCUGCCGCCAAACAGCUGCUGUGACGGCUGCCUCUGCUGCGGGACCACGGCGGCUUUCCAGAGCUGA